GUGACUUGAGAGUGUGGUUGUAUCAUUUCCGUGUGUCUAACACUACUAAGCCGGUUACUAGCGCCUGCCGAAGCAAGUGUGUAUAUCGCUAUCGAAACAGCGGGUAGACAAGGUAAAAAAUACAUCAGAAAGACACAACAUACAAAGGUUUUCAUCUGACGGGAUGUCGAAUCGUUCGCAGAUAAGUGAUUUGCUGUAAUCAAUCAUCAUAAAGAUGGCGCCAAGAAACCCGGAAUCGGAAACAACAUCCACGCUCACAGAAGACACAGAUCAACUUGGCCUGGACGCUGUGGUUAAACCGGAAGAAGUGAACGAGGAAGAUCCGCCCAUGAAAAUCGUAUGGAAAAAUGUCGGAAUAUUUUCUGUUCUCCAUCUUGCUGCUCUGUAUUCAAUAACGUUGAUUCCCUGGUCACUUCCACUAACAUGGGCGUGGGUCCUGGUAUACUGCUUCUUCACUGCCGUCGGGGUGACAGCAGGGGCUCACAGACUCUGGUCACAUCGGGCUUACAAGGCUAAAACACCACUCCGCGUGUUCCUGGCCUUCCUUCAGUCAGCAGCUCUGCAGAACAACAUUUUCGACUGGGUACGAGACCACAGAGUCCAUCACAAGUACUCGGAGACAAAUGCCGAUCCGCACAACGCCACACGCGGGUUCUUCUUUUCCCAUGUAGGCUGGCUGAUGGUCAAAAAACACCCGAAAGUCCUUGCCAAGGGCAAACUAAUUAGCCUCCAGGAUAUGUACAACGACCCCGUUGUGAUGAUUCAAAAAAGGUUUUACAAGACGUCUGUGCUGUUGAUGUGUUUCAUUUUGCCGACUGUGGUACCGUGGUAUUUCUGGGGAGAGACUUUGUGGAAUUCGUUCUACCUAGCUUCCAUUCUACGUUACACUUUGGUACUGAACGCUACGUGGCUAGUGAACAGUGCUGCCCAUAUAUGGGGAAACAAACCCUACGAUAAGACAAUCAAUCCCUCCAACAACCUGGGCGUGGCUCUAGGUGCGGUCGGAGAGGGCUUUCACAAUUAUCAUCAUGUAUUUCCACAUGACUACGCCGCAAGUGAGUUUGGUGUUCGUUUGAAUGUCACCACGAUGUUCAUAGAUGUUAUGGCGUUUUUGGGACUAGCUUCAGACCGAAAAACCGUCUCUCCAAAGACCAUUCAAAUGAGGAAGGAAAGGACUGGGGAGAAAUCGAUUAAAUCGUCGUAAGACCUUUCAAUGUUUUGUUUUUGUCACAGACAUCUGUAUGCUUAAGCUGAAGUGGCUGUCUUAGUGUAACAUUUGCUGGUCAGAAUGGCGUGCACAUUCCGUCUUUUUUCGAUCAUUACACAUUUGAAUGUCCAUGUUGUAGAGAAAUACGAUUCUCUAUUUCUCCGGGAUUAGUUAAAUUCCUCGAGAGUGGAACCUGAGCGAAACAUGAAUAAUCUCGGGGAAAUAAAGUGUCUUGUUUCCCCAACAAAAGGAAAACGAAAAUGUUUAUAUACCUAAUCAGAAAAAUAACACAACAGUGAAGACGACCAGGAUUACGGACCAAUGUUGUCUGCUUCAGUCGCUCGGAACUCAAGUGUGGUGUCUCUUGCUAACUUAUUAGAGAGGCUCGAAUGAGUGACAUAUGACCGAGGAAACUCGAGCGCGAGUUAUUUCCGCGUCAUGUGAUCAACUUAGUCCAGUCAUAUAUACACUGUUAUGAAGACGAGGCAUAAUGAUGUAUUUUUCAAAAUGCGGCAUUACGUUAAAAAGAAGGUUUAAUUGAUAGACAUGUCAAAGGAAAAACAAAAUCAUAGGGACAUAUUUAUGAUGAGUGAGAGUGAAUUUAUAUUAUUUAUAUAAGGAAUAUGAGUUUUAAACUAAAGAGAUUGUAUCUGGUAUUUAGUCGGAAGACAUUUGGGGAAAAUAGUUUGAAAACAUGCCGCUGUUUAAUUUAGUGUUACUGACAUACGAGCAAUAAGAACCGAUACAAUCGCAUAGAUGCUAGGUAGAUUUCUUUUUUAAUAACACCUAUACCUACCCCAAGUCUUUUUAGAUUAUCUGAUUCAUAACUUCUAUUCAAAUGAAAUGACCAAAUAUGAUCUAGAUUGAGAAAGGAAUAAACAAAUGAGGACAAAUUUUGGUCAAAAAAGGGGCUAAAGCCCGUCAAGCCCUUAUAGCUUAUUUGUUUUAACUUAAGUUACAGUUAUGAGCGCGCAAAGUGAACAAUCAUCCUCGAUCCCAGGUGUUAAACUUUAUGCGUUAGUGCGAUUUUCACCUGGGGUCGAGGAUGGUGAGGAGCUUGACAAUGGGAAGUCAGUUGAUUGUUAUGAGUUGUAUGUUUCAAUGAGUUUGUGAAAACUAAGUGUUUCCUUAAAAUGCUUCAAGAUGCGUUGUUGCUAUUUUAAGACCAAUGCCUGCUUGUAUCUUCUAGUAUCAAUGUUGAUAUACAUUUGGCGUUUUAAGAGAUUACGGUAUAACCUUGAUAUAAAUGCCAUUUGUUUGAUUUGUUCAUGCCUCGUUCAUUUUUCCCCUAAAAGAUUAACGUUACUUUAUACGUUUUCGUUGAUGAGUCGGAGUUUGUGUGUCUAUGUUUGUCUGGUGACGGCGUAGAGAGGUAGUGACUAUUCCAAAUAAAAAAAAUGACCAUUUUGACAAAUGAGAGAAGUAAAUGGAAGGAUUGGAAAGGGAACUCUUGGAUAACAAGCUUUGUAUUAUUAUUCAAUACAUGUGUUUUUAUAGAUACAUAACAAAUUAUCAUUCUAUAUUAGUGCUAAGUAUUGCCUUGUGUUUUGACAGGAAAGUCGUAUCAAAAUGAAAAUGUUUCAAAACUUCGCAGCCAGCACAGAGUGAAGAUUGAAUUGAAUGGUUUAUUUAUUAUAAGUAUAUUUUUGUUACAAUCGAUCAACAUUUGCUUAUGCAUGAGAUUGAUAAGAAAAAUGUGCCAUUUUUGUAUGUUGUUGUUUGUAUAACAUUGGGAAUUAUAAGUUCUCCAUAUUUUUUUCUCUGAAAGAGUAGUUAACUCUAAUGUAUCUGUUUAUAUAUUCCGUCUUUUCGUAUUGCAGAGUUAUCUGCUCUUGUGAGCAGGUAUUGAGUGUUACGUCAUUUGUUUGUGAGAGUGACGUCAUCAAUUUUUGAGAAAACGACGUAAUUUUCUCGCACAAACAAAUGACGUAACAAUCAAUCCCUGCUCUCAAGAGCAGAUAACUCUGCAAUACGCAAAAACGGAAUAUAUCUUAUGUAAAUAGAACCGCGCAAGGAACUCUGGGAAAUAAGUGGCCUAGCUUCUCCCAGGGGGAACCUGUGCUUCUGAUACCGAAAGUGUGUGUUUUUUCCGUUUUAUAUGAAAGGUCCGUUGCUUGUGAAUGUGCACUUACCAGUGAUCGAGUUUCAUUGUUCGUAACAGAGAUUAUUAACUACUUUAUUGUCUUGUUAAAACCUGAAGUAAGGGUCGUUACAUGCAGAAUAGGGAAUAUAUAAGUAUGUGGUAUUUGUCUCAAAAGUGUCAACCAUUCGGCUCCAGGAGAUACCCGGAUGUGAUUGAGAAGCUGGCACAAGCUGUCUGUAUUGUAGACUAUUUUGUGAUACUCAAUACAAAGAAAAUGUGAUUGUUGAUAAAAAUUAUAAUGUGUUAAAUAAAAGAUAUAAAAUAC